AUGCCGGCCUCGGAGCUGCCUGCCGACAAUUUGGUCAAUAAAAUAUCGCUCUAUAUCUCCUCCGAGGCUACUUCCAGAGACGAAUGGCUUGGAGACAAAUAUCUCGAGUAUACGUUGGCUCAGAUUUCACUUAAAAAUACUUCUGUGAGUGACGGAGUUACCUCCCUGAACGGAAGACUGAUACAAAGCCUUGCUCAUUUUCGCUAUGACAUCUGCUGUGGAGAGCUAAAAGCUAGAGGGGUCCGACAGUACCAACCGUCUGAUCCCGGCCGAUUUGCUCAUCCUGUCAACUUUAGGUCAACUCUUCUGGGCUGGAUAGGGUCUAUCUUGUGCCGUGGAAUGCCAGAAGAGCGAGGCGCUCUACCUCAAGCCAUUAUGCAAAGCUCACAAUGCCACAGCUCAGAUACCUUUCAGAUCAACAAUAGCAUCGGUACGAACGCGGAUUCAGGCAUCUUGGUGCAACAAGACUCUACCAGUGAAGACUCAGCGUCGGAGGAAACCGAGGGGGAAAUUUGGCGGUAUACGGCGACGUUACACGAGCUUACAGCAGGCAAGGCUUCUGUGCCAAUCUACACGGAAACCGCCAUCUGCGCUGAUCCAGCCAAGUUCAGAUGCGAAAUUAAGUACCGUGGAAAAAAGGUUUCUGGCGAGGCCAGUAGUAAAAAGAAAGCAAAACAUCGAGCUUCAAAGAAGUUAUGCCAACUUCUCAACAUUGGAGUAGCAGACUAG